AUGUCACUGCCAGCGGAACCAGACCCAGAGACGCCCAAACCAGCGAGACAACACCACUGCUUCCAAUGUGAAAAGAGAUUUUCCCGAUCAGGGGACCUCAAAGCUCAUGAGAGGACACACACAGGAGAAAAGCCUUUCCAAUGUUCCCAGUGUGGAAAGAGUUUUACCAUGUUAAAUAACCUGAAAAGGCAUGAGAGAAUACACACAGGAGAAAAGCCAUUCCAAUGUUCCCAUUGUGGAAAGAGUUUUACUCAGAUAGGGCACCUAAAAGAGCAUGAGCGAAAACACACAAGAGAAAAGCCUUACCACUGCUCCAAGUGUAAAAAUAGAUUUUCCCGAGUAGGGGACCUAAAAGCUCAUGAGAGGACACACACAGGAGAAGAGCCUUUCCAAUGUUCCCAGUGUGGAAAGAUUUUUACCCUGUUAGCUAACCUGAAAAGGCAUGAGAGAAUACACACAGGAGAAAAACCUUACCACUACUUCCAAUGUGAAAAGCGAUUUUCCCGAUCAGGUGACCUAAAAGCUCAUGAGUGGACACACACAGGAGAAGAGCCUUACCACUGCUCCCAGUGUAAAAAGCGUUUUACCGUGUUAGCUAACCUGAAAAGGCAUGAGUGGACACACACAGGAGAAAAGCCUUUCCAAUGUUCCCAGUGUGGAAAGAGUUUUAUCGUGUUAACUAACCUGAAAAGGCAUGAGCGAAUACACACAGGAGAAAAGCCAUUCCAAUGUUCCCAGUGUGGAAACAGUUUUACUCAGAGAGGGCAUCUAAAAGAGCAUGAGAGAAUACACACAGGAGAAAAGCCUUACCACUGCUCCCAGUGUAAAAAGAGAUUUUCCCGAGUAGGGGACCUAAAAGCUCAUGAGUGGACACACACAGGGGAAAAGCCUUUCCAAUGUUCCCAGUGUAGAAAUAGUUUUACCGUGUUAGCUACCCUGAAAAGGCAUGAGAGAAUACACACAGGAGAAAAGCCAUUCCAAUGUUCCCAGUGUGGAAAGAGUUUUACUCAGAUAGGGCACCUAAAAGAGCAUGAGCGAAAACACACAAGAGAAAAGCCUUACCACUGCUCCAAGUGUAAAAAUAGAUUUUCCCGAGUAGGGGACCUAAAAGCUCAUGAGAGGACACACACAGGAGAAGAGCCUUUCCAAUGUUCCCAGUGUGGAAAGAUUUUUACCCUGUUAGCUAACCUGAAAAGGCAUGAGAGAAUACACACAGGAGAAAAACCUUACCACUGCUUCCAAUGUGAAAAGCGAUUUUCCCGAUCAGGUGACCUAAAAGCUCAUGAGUGGACACACACAGGAGAAGAGCCUUACCACUGCUCCCAGUGUAAAAAGCGUUUUACCGUGUUAGCUAACCUGAAAAGGCAUGAGAGAAUACACACAGGAGAAAAGCCUUAUCAAUGUUCCCAAUGUGGAAUGAGUUUUAUUCAGUUAGGGAGCCUGAAGGAGCAUGAGUGGACACACACAGGAGAAAAGCCAUUCCAAUGUUCCCAGUGUGGAAACAGUUUUACUCAGAGAGGGCAUCUAAAAGAGCAUGAGAGAAUACACACAGGAGAAAAGCCUUACCACUGCUCCCAGUGUAAAAAGAGAUUUUCCCGAGUAGGGGACCUAAAAGCUCAUGAGAGGACACACACAGGGGAAAAGCCUUUCCAAUGUUCCCAGUGUAGAAACAGUUUUACCGUGUUAGCUACCCUGAAAAGGCAUGAGAGAAUACACACAGGAGAAAAGCCAUUCCAAUGUUCCCAGUGUGGAAAGAGUUUUACCUGGUUAAGGAGCCUGAAGGAGCAUAAGAGAACACACAUGAAAAAAGCCCCACCACUGCUCUCUCUCUGUGUGGAAGGACAAUUUCCCAGUCAGAGAACCUGAAAUCACAUGAGAGAAUAGAGAGGCUGUGUUCUGACUUAUGCUUUUAACUGACAAUUUGUGUUUUUGUUUAUGCCACAUGAAAACAUUUUGUUUAUAUGAAUUCUUACUCAGAAAUAGGCAUAUUUUUGUUUUUUCACCUCGAGGCCUGAUCAUAUCUAAAAUCAGAUUAAAUACUAUAAAAUGUGUAUUUUGUUUUGGUUAUGAACUUUAAUGCAUUGGUUACAGGUAUAAACCCUCAGUUGUUCAUUAUAUUAUUUGGAUAUUGCUAAAUGUAAAUUAUUAUAUAGAUGAAUGGAACUUUGCAUUUCUUGAUUCUAACCUUGAAACCUAUAGACUUUGAUUUGAUAUAUAAGAUUAGGCUUUUGCUAAAUGAAUUUGAUUGAAAUUGAUUGGAUAUUGCAAAAUGAAUUUGAUUACAUGAUUUGGAUAUUGCAAAAUGUAAAUGAUGAACUCGAUUCAUAGCAUGUGCAUUUCUUGAUUCUAACAUUGAAACCUUUUGAAUUUACUUGUGUUUCAUUUAGUUAAUUUGUAUAAUAAAGUCCUCAAGCUAAAGGUGUAUGAAAAUGUGUUGUUCUGAUAACAUUGAUAAGUUGUUGACAUGAAAAACAUUCACUACCUCAUGACUGUUUCCAUCAGUAUUAUUCCACCAUGUCAGAGAGAACUGGUGCUGAUUGUAAAAAUGAUUUUAUUAAUGCAGCGUAAUUUUAUCUGAAUAGAAAUAAAAUCACAUGAGAGAA